AUGCAACCGGGUACAAUAAAACUGAAUAAUAAUCAACCUAUUCUGCAGAAUACUGCGCUUGGCUGGAUUGUAGGCGGCUUAAUAGAACAAUCAUCAACGAACGUCACAUCAGCAGCGCUAACAUGUGCAAUUUUCGAUAGUGAAACUUCACUGACACAAGCAAUUGAGAAGUUAUGGAAACUCGAAGAAGGAGCAUCAACAGAAAGGGUAAUGUCUCCGCUGGAAACCCGGUGCGAGUCUCAUUAUAAUCAGCAUGUCCAGACGGAUCAGAACGGUCGAUUCAUUGUUAGUCUUCCUUUCCAAGAAUCUCCAACAACAUUGGGAAAAUCUCAUGCGAUGGCGUAUAACCGGUUCAUGAGUCUUGAACGUCGGCUUCUUCAGAAGGAUGAUAUCCGCAUGCAAUACAUCAAGUUCAUGCAGGAAUAUGAAAUGCUAGGACACAUGCAGAAAAUUGACGUGAAUAUAGUGUCGAACCCUAAAUAUUUCAUUCCGCAUCACUGUGUGCUUAAACCAGAUAGUACCACGGCAAAAUUAAGGGUGGUAUUUGAUGCAUCCGCGAAAACGUCAUCGGGUCAUUCGUUAAAUGACUUAAUGUACACAGGACCAACUGUGCAAAGUGAACUGUUCUCUAUCCUGCUACGGUUCCGAUUACCAAAGUUUGUCUUCACAACUGACAUUGAAAAAAUGUAUAGACAAAUCUUAAUUCACCCCGAUGAUCAGAAAUAUCAACUGAUCAUUUGGAGGGAAGAUCCAUCACACCCAGUUAGCUAUUACAAGCUCAAUACUGUUACAUAUGGAACUCGUGCAGCACCGUACCUUGCCACAAAGUUUCUACAGAAAAUCGCAGACGACAACUUGGAUCGCUAUCCCCUUGGUUCAGAAAUGCUAAAAGAGAACUUUUAUAUGGACGAUGGUCUCGGUGGUGGUAGCUUAAACAUAGCGAUGGAGACACAAAAGGAAUUGAUAAUCAUUUUGAAAAAGCACGGCUUCAACUUAAGAAAAUGGUCGUCAAACAGUCCAAGAUUGCUAAAGGAUAUACCUUAUAGUGAUAGGGAAGUCAAUCUAGAUUUUGAUGAAAGCAAAACGAUAAAGACUUUGGGACUAUUUUGGAUGCCUCAGGCCGACCGUUUUUGCGUGAAGGCAAAUAUUGGCAAAGGCAAAGGUGCAAUUACGUGUGUUUGCCGAUGCUUCGGAGAAGGCGUUUGGCGCUGCUGUAUACAUUCACUUUGUUACAAAGGAUGGUCUCCUAGCUGUACGCCUGAUCUGCGCUAA